AAACUAUAGCAACGAAUCUUAAUAUAAGAAUGGUUAAGGAAGAAAGUGCCUCUAAAGUAUUUGCAUACUUUGUGAAUGCAUUUCUAAUUCUUUGUUCUCGAGGCAUCAUAUCAAAUGAGGAAAUUAAGAAUCAAGAUCCAUUGAAGGAAUUUA